UAGAAAAAUAGAAAAUGAGUCUUCAAAUGGAGCGGUUUCUUCUGCGGGGGGAGGGGAGCGAGCCCCGAGACCCCCCCGGCGGGGUGGGGGCCCCCGCUCUCCUCAGGUGCGGGGUCUCCUCAGGGCCGCGGGAAGGCUCCGCGCCGCCCCGCUGCGGCGUCCCCGCGGGGGCGGUGGGCGGAGGGCCCCCUCCCCGAGGUCUCCUCGGGAGGGCGGGGAGGCGGCGGCCGAGCCCCGGGCUCUCCUCAGCCGGAAGGGCCGCGGGGGGGGGGGGGGGGGGGGGGAAGAGGUCGGAGCCCCCACAAUUCCCGGCCCCGCCGCCGCCGCCGCCGCCGCCGACACAGAGGGACGCGGCGGCCGCUGCUGCUGCUGGCGGCGGAGUCGGUGCCCCGAAGCCCCCGCCGGCGGGUCUCCUCCUCGCUUCCCCUCAGCGGUGCCUCUGUCGGCGGCUGCCCGGCCGCGGCAUCCUGGUCAGCCGGCUCCCCCUCAACGAGGACCACGGCGCAAGGGGGACUUGCUCUGCGCCGGCGCUGGGAACCCGCUCCUCCAUGCUGCCGGGGCACCCAGGGGCACCCCAAGGACCUCCAAAGGUCCAGUGCGCUGCUUGGGUCGUUAGAGUGAUUACCUCACUGCGCAGAGAGAUGUUAUUAAGUCCCGAAGGAGAAAUGCAAUGCUUUGAAGGAAAUAAAAGAAAGCGGCACUCGGCAUUAGUAGACAAGAACAGGAUGACACCAAAUUUUCACAAGCUGAGACUCCAUUUCUUUUGCCUGCAACAGCAGAGCUCAGCGUCUGGGAGAGAGGAUUAAUCCAGUGUCUAACGCUGGGUUUGGCAUUGAUUCACUUCACAGUUCUGAGGAACCCGGCUUCCAUCUCUCUGUUUACUUAUUUGUAAAAUGCAUUUUGAGAUCUGGUUCAUUAGUACCUACAUAUCAAUCACAAUAAAUACUCAUGUAGGAUCCCAGCACAGUCAAGUGCAGAACAUAAUUUUUCCGGUGAACACAAAUAAAGAAUUAAUAAAAUACUGACAAAAGAGAAGACUAACACAUAAACUAGAGAUUUUAUUUUAAAAGUCAUUCCCUUCCCACUCCGUAUCUGAAUUCCAGAACCUACAAGCCACCGGCUUUCCCAGUUACCUGUACAGCACUAAAUGACAGUAACACACACAGGGUAACAGUCAUAUCCAUGGUUAGCAAAUUUUGGACCUGAGACAUUGCCUGUCCUUUGCAUACUGGCCACGCUGUUUGGGAAAUAAAGCUUCCUUUAAAAAAAAAAACAAAAAACAACAUUAUGGAAAAAAUGCUGUUGAAAAUAUGCUUUCUAUUUUUCAGAUAGGUUCUUACAUAGUUCUGUUCUCUGCAACUUCCAGAAGUGCAUUAAGCUGCAUAAUUAGCAUCUGUCACAUGUAGCCUUUUCCUUCCCUCUUCCUCUCCCUGGAGGGAAACUGCAUGAAGAAAUUUUAAUAUAAAUUUUAGUAUCUACACUGUGCAGUGCAUUCAUAUUAGGAAAGACACAGUCAAAUAAGUUUCUGCUUAAUCUUAGGUUCAUCUUUGUGUAAUAUAAACUUCACCAGUUAAAAAAAAAAUGCUACCGAUCCAAUUUAAAUAUUAACUAGCCUUUUGGAAAGACAACGGUAGUGGGGGCGGGGGUGAGAUGAUCCCCGUUGCAUCAGAUUUAAACCAGAGGAAUUGUUGUGAACUGGGCAGUUAACGCAAGUCACUCGUCCUGGUAUUACGUCCUUACACUCUCACAUUGCAACAUUGAGCCAAAACUAGUAAAGGGUAGACGAUUUUCCCCUUCAGUCAAAAGUAUUUAUUUUCAAAGGAAUAAUGAUAUCUUGAAAAGCAUCAAAGCAAAAGGUAGGACCUUAUAUUGCUUUUUCAUUCACAUUAAAAGAUACUCCACUGUUGAACAUAAAAAGUCAAUGGACUACAGCAUCUCCAAGUGAAUCUCUGCAGAGGAACUUAAAAGAAGAUGCCACCUUUUCGAAGUAAAGACUAAAAAGGAAGAAAUGCAGCUUAAGAACAAUAGCAACAUGAAAAACAAUGACAUUAUUUAGCAUUUGAUUUCCAUUCAGACUCUCUCCUAAUUUUUCAAAGUAUUUGUUUUCUACUUAAUUAGUUCAAAGAAAAUUGAGAUUAUGGGAUUGAACAUAUUGCCAACAACCUGAGGUAUGAAGUGCAGACUGAGUGCUUAAACUUCAGCUACAGAGGUGGUAAUUACUGUAAUUGGUCCAUGUGAAGCAAGUAUAUCAAGCAGUAUAGAGUUCAAACUCAUGCCAGUCAGUCUCCAGUUGGCACCGACAGUUCUAUCGGGAGGAUACAGAGGUCUCAGCAGGACUUAUUAUUGGCAACUGUUCAACAGUUCUCUUCUCCAAAUGGUUUCAAGGGGAUUUGGGUGGGAAGAAAGAUAAUUUUUAACAAAUUAAACUACCUAAAAAUGGCUAGAUGCCCAGAGCCACCUUGUCUGCAUUAGUCACUACUACCAAACCAUUUUAAAAAGAAGAUUAAAAAUAUCAUUGCUGUAAGGAAAUGUCUAUCCAGCUUUAACAAUAUGAUCAGAUCACCGCAAAGUUACCCAGACGUGUACCAUACAGCAUACUAUAAGUAUGUAUAUAAAUAUGUCCAGAGUAAAAAGUACAGCAGAGUAUUUACACAGUGUGUAAGUAAACACGGAAAACAAGUAGCUCAAGUUACUGGAAUCCAAGUAUUCCUAUAAGGGCAUGCCAUAUAGUUUCAAGAAAUCAGAAGACUGCUUACUUUUUAAUUAAAAAUGACAAUAGCAAAGCCCCCAUGGGAGACAAGAUUAGGGGGACUGUUUAUUUCCCAUUAGUAUUUAUCUUACAGCAUUUGUAAGGUGUCCAUAACCGUGGUGUAAAACAUAAUUUAGAUUUGCACUGAGAGUUUUCACAGGAGACCCUGCUCUGUGCCAUAUUGAGGUUCGACUCCUUUGUUUAGAUUUUGCAAAAAUGCUUUUUUUCAAAUGGUGAAUAUGUCAUUUUUAGCAGAGGUCUCCAGGAGAAGAUUUGAGUUUAAUGCAUGGCAAUAAAAAGAGGAAUAUGAGAAUUCUUCCUCUCUUUAGUGUCAGCUUUGGUUAAGACGUAUGAAUGCACAUGAAUAGUCUUGUCAGAAUCUCUGGGGCUACUGACAUUCAAGAUCUAACUUAUUAUUACUUUUGACCAGAACGUUAGCUGCUAUGCAGUAAGGAGAAGGGAAAGAGAAAAAGAUAGGACCACUCCCUAAUCAGACAGAAAUUUUUAUGUAUUUCUCUGGUUGGAAAUCUCUGAACAGAACUUCUCUGCUGUGAAAAUACAAUGCUUAUUUUCUCCAAUCUGAGAUGAAUGACUGUACACACUCUUUAAACCUGCAGCAGGAAAAACAAAACAAAUCAUUGUUUAAUGCCUGAUCUAGCACCUUUUACUCAUGGAAAGGAUCCUAGUUAACUCAUAGGAAUAAAACCCGUACAAGCAAGUAUUACAUCCUUGUGAAGGACACACGCUUAUCAGAAGAAAGGUUCUAGCAUUUCUAGUGUCUGACUCUAUCUUUUACCACUGAAAGUUUCUUUGAAUUACUAGCUUCAGAUAAAAAUAAACUAACUAAAUAAUUUAGUUAAAAUAAGAUAAUUUUAAUUCAAAUGUCAGUAUUUAUCAAAGAUGAAUACCACUACAAUGAAAAGGUUCAUUCACUAGAAGCAAAAAUCUUGCGAUGUGCUUCUGGCUGAGUUAAGAGAACAUAUAUUUCAGAUUUUCGUUGUUGUUAGCAAUUUGUUGCCAAAUAAAUUGAAAUUAUUCAAAAGCACUGAGAUCAGUUUAAUCAGUAUGUUUGUCUUCUGAAAGAUGAGAUGAAUGAGUACCUUUCAUUUAUAGCGCAACAACAGAGAAUCUCCUGCACUUUGCAACUGAAACUACCUUUAGUCCACAUCCACAAGUCGCAGCAUGUCAGACAAAGAAACUGAUUUGUUUGGUGCAAUAAAUGAUAGCAGACCUUUACAUAUUUGAAGUGCAACAGAUGGUCUUCCAAGAAGAGCAUAAUGACUGGCAGACAGUACACUUCGUUAGAGUGGCUUGGAAUGUCUUCAGCAAUUACACAGAGAGUGUUUUGGGGGGGAAGCCCUGUCAUCUCUAUGAUUCUUCUCAUGUAAAUAGCUGUGAUUUCCCUGUUCAGAUGCUAAAAAAUUGUAUCUUCUAAAACCCAAUAAGCUAGCCAGUAACUGGAAAAGGAAGCACCUUUGGCCCUCUCAAGACUAUUCAAGAUGCGGCUCCAGACAUUUUGUCACCUGAGAAGAGAGAUGUAAGCGGAAAAAAAAAUAGCAUUAAGAGUAAACAACUUUGGGCAAGUAACUGUAAAACUAUUAAUUCACAGUCAAGUAUUCUGUGGAAAUGUAAUUUAUGAAAAAAGGAAGGUUUAAAACAAGGUCCUUCAGACUUUUAGAAGCUGGGAGGUCAACAGAUGCAACAUGCAGAAUAUCUAGGAAAAAAACCCAAAAGACAAAAUUGCUAAAUAAUAACCUCCUUCCUUUGGGAAACUGGUGACUUUUGAAGAGCCCUCUACAACAUGAAACAUUGUGGCCACAGUUCUCCAGGGCAGGGUAAAGGGAGCUUUUUUUGAGGCUGUGGCAGUCUUUUCCAUUUUCAUAGACAAGCUAUUCCACAAGUCAGCAAUUAAGAGCUAUAAUAAACAAAGAGAGUAAUAAAAUGCUAGUCUUUAAUACAGUAUACACGGGUUAGAAAAAUUUAACUUCUAUCUCUCCUUCCCUUCCCCCUAAUCCUAGAAUCAGUCUUUUCUGUUAUAAAAUCUUCUCCACCAAAUUCACCCUGAGUAAAAUUUUAUGUGGCAAUGUAAACACGACCAAAAUGUGUCCUUUAACAAUGUAACUUAAAUGUUGAUGGAAUCAUAACUGCAUUACUCCCUCUCCAAUUAGCAGCAGCAUUCUUUAUGUUUGCUUAUGAAGCGUAAACUGUUCGCUUGUCACUACAAAGACCUUCUGUAGAGGACUUAAAAAAACAGCCACAGCAAUUAAAAUGACAACAACAGAGGUGGAUUGGUCACAUUAUGACAGAAAUAUCCAGCUGUUUCGGUCCAGCAAAAGGAUACACCAACUAUACAGAAAUACUAUGACCAAAUUUUGUCAGGCUACAUAAUGAUGAUAGAUAUUGUGGCAAAAGUACGCAUUUGCAAGAAAGGAAUAAACUAAUACAGACCCAAAUCUAACCUCACAGACUCAUUUUUCCCCCACCCAAUCAGGAUUAUCACUCAUCCUUUUUACCCAUAGAAAUUUCCCUUUUUGCUGGAACUAUAGAUACUCUAUUCUGUGAGAAAUUCGGUAAAAUAAGAAAAAAUUGGGGUUUUAUCAUCCAAAAUAAGCAAUGCAAAAAGUAAACUGAUACAGUUAGGACAAGUAAAUUAGAUUUUAAACUUAUUUACUUCAGUUGUGUUAAAAACAUUCUGAAAGUUGUUAAUUAAGACCAUAAGUCUCAUUACACCCAGGCUAUUACUUAUAAACACUAACCUCUGGUACAAUCACAUCUGUCUCUGCUGCUGGUUCCUGCCUGUUCUGCUUCACAACAGUAAUAACAUGGGGAGUUAUUUGAAAUACAUGUAGGGAUUUGUAAAAAUUAUUUUAGACAUACAUUUAAAUAAUAAAAAAGUCUGAAAAGUAAAUGUUUCAGGUUAGCUUUUCCUAGUUCAGAUUAUAGGGACUGAACAUUGGAAGUGGUA